AUGAAAGUUCUCUCGUUAGGUGGCUAUGAGAAUCUUACUGUUAGUUUAUCAAAAUUAAACUGCAGCAUUUUUUAUUCUAUGAGGCAGUUGGACUUAUCGACGACAAGUUUCUCUGCAGCACUACCAGAUUCAAUUGGGUGCAUAAGGUGUUCUACCUACAGAACUCUUCAAAAGCUUAGAAGCAAUGAGAAGCUUAAGGAUCACCGUGGGGAAUAUAUGUCAGAAACUGGCUAUGAGCUUGAUUAUUACAUCCAUUCCUUGACUUUAGUAAUCAAAGGAACGGAGUAUAGUCUUGAAAGAGUCCUCAUAGAUCGAACAGCCAUCGAUUUCUCAAACAGCAGAUUUGAAGGACGAAUUCCAGAAAUUAUUGGAACCCUUCAUUCUCUUCUUAUACAAAAUCAUCUGAUUGGACUCAUUCCUCGAGGAAGACAUUUUGAUACAUUUGGGAAUGAUUCAUACAGAGGGAACUUGGCCUUGUGUGGAUCACCAUUGACUAAAGAUUGUGGAAAUACAGGGGCACCACCACCAGCCUCACCAUUCGGAUCUGAGCAACAAUAUGAUCCAGAGUUCUUUGAUGGAUUUGCUUGGAGAGCUGUUGUUCUGGGAUAUGGUUGCGGAUUAGUGCUCGGACUAGCCAUGGGAAGUCUCAUGUUCUUAACUGAAAAACCAAGAUGGUUCAUCCAGAUUGUUGAAGUCAUACAAACUGCGAAAAAGAUCGAGGAACGAAAUAUGUCCACAUACGAACUUGAGAACAGCAAUGCAAUUUACAAAAUUGGUGGGCAAAACAUACUCUUUCCUGCAGCUGUUGUCUAA